UCACCAGCUGCUCACAACAUACAUAACUUUUCUCAAUCAUUUUCAACUUCUUUCUAAUUCAUCUUUCCUUUUCAUUAUCAUCUCUCUACUUCCCCAAGAAAAUCUUUCCCGCAACACGCUUCCGCUACCGAGCCCAUCAUGAAUAGCCCAGUUUCUGAGAAAGAGGCGUUGCCUCUCCAGGACAAACCCGAGAAUCUCACUGGCCAGGAUGGAACCAGCAGUCCAAUUUCAGAAUCCACCGAUUCAAAUCUCCAAGAUGAAUCCGACGAUUCGUCCGAACCUAUCUGGGUGCGAAGGGCUUUGGCUGCUGGAAGGACUCCGUUGCCCAGUUCUAGGCCACCGAUCAAAACACUCGAACUGCAUAUCGCCGAUUCUGACAGAACAAUACGCGAAUCAUCAUAUGAUUCCCAAGAAACCGUUGUUGAACAACCUCCUGCGCAAGAACAGAAGCAGACUGCGAAAGGCAAAGUUCGUUCCCCUUCCAAUAAUGGUAGCCUAAAUGCAAAGAAAUCUAACGCCCGGUCAAAGAAACAGAAUGCACGCGCGUUUGUGACAAUGGAGCCCAUUAUCUGUCACAGGAUUCAAAGAAAGAAGUGGAAACCGAGUGAGAUUGAAAGUCUUAUUAGAAUGAGAGAGGACAAGAUGAGCUGGGUGUUGAUUGCGGAGGCAUUUUCCAACAGAACCGUUGCAAGCGUCCGCCAGACCUUUUUCAAGUAUAAACCCCAGUCUCAUGGCAUGGAAUCGGGCGAGAAUUGAAGAUGAAUGGACACAAUCUUCCGUGGACGGCUAUUGGAAAUGGUGUCGCUCCAUGACUGUUCUCUGUAUCUUGGAUUUACC